AAAUUAAACUUGACUGGAAGCUACGGUGUAUUGAAGCUCAUUUCCAAGGAUAACCUUGUGCGGAUUGUGAACUCCCAACUCCAGAAUGGUCUGAAUUUCCAGAACAAGAUUAGUCACAGCAGGAAGAGAGAUUUGAUUGAUAUGGAUCGCAGCCAAGUGGAGGAACCUGAAAUAAAGAGACAAGACAGGCCAAUAACUCCAGAUGUUCAUGAAUCUGAUAAUCAUAACAAGACUCUAACAGUUGAGCCAUGCUCAAGCACCAUCACAAAUCCCAAUAAUAAUCCAGAUCAAACGGUUCGCACUCUAAGGAAACCAAUUAGUGAACGCACUCCAAAUUUAAGAGAGGAAGAGAGAAAGGCAGAGGCAAGGGGCGCAGCUUUCACUGUUUCUUGGAGAAGCAAACACUACACUACCCACGUGGCAUCAACACCACAAAGUGAACUCGUGGUCAACACAGAGGCCAAUCUUGUUACUGGGCACAGCGAUACUUCUCCGAGCAUGUCGCAUGCUCCCUCUCAGACAGACUCGGAUCCGAAAACUGAUGCAAAAGAGGAACCAGGAUUGGAAUUCAGUGCCACCCAGGAUCCCAUGAAUAAAGCUUCAGAUUCUCUUGAUGGUGGUCACAUUCUGAAGCUUCCCCCGAAUCCGGAACGCAGUGGAGGAGGUACAGACAGCAGAGGGACAACUGUGGAUACCUGGCCUGGUCGAGGGCGGCAUGGCCUCGUGUUCCAGGAGAUGGAAGAGGACGAAGAGAAGGCAUGGAGUCCAAAGGAAGGACCUCGAUCAAGAAGAAGACGCAGUUGGAUCUGGAACCAGUUCUUCGUUAUCGAAGAAUACGCUGGGCCAGAACCUGUUCUCAUCGGAAGGCUGCACACUGACAUGGACAGAGGUGAUGGACGCACGAGGUACGUGCUCCGGGGCGAAGGGGCGGGAUCUGUGUUCGUGAUUGACGAGAAGACGGGCAACAUCCAUGUGACCAAGCCUUUGGACAGGGAGGAGAAGGAUGAGUACCGUCUGAUUGCCACGGCAACAGACAGCCAGACGGAGCGUGCCUUGGAGCCCUCUUCCCAGUUCAUCAUCAGGGUGCAGGACAUCAACGACAACCCACCUGUGUUUGAGGAUGGGCCCUACAGCGCCACCGUCCCCGAGAUGGCCAACAUAGGCACGUCCAUUGUCCAGGUGACGGCGACUGACGCGGAUGACCCCACCUAUGGAAACAGCGCUCGGCUGGUCUACACGCUGGUCCAAGGCCAACCACAUUUCUCUGUUGACCCACAAACAGGAAUUUUGCGCACAGCUGUGCCUGACCUGGACAGAGAAACUCAGGAUCAGUACCUCGUGGUGCUCCAGGCUAAAGACAUGGGUGGCCAUCUUGGAGGACUUUCGGGAACCACCACAGUUACUGUGAAACUGACAGACGUCAAUGACAACCCACCACACUUCACACAGAGCACCUGGCUCUUCUCUGUCUCUGAGUUGGCCGUGCCGGGGGCGGAGGUGGGCCGGAUCUCGGCAACAGAUGCUGACCUGGGAGAGAAUGCCAAGCUGGAAUAUACCAUUCUGGAGGGGGAGUCGGGGGACACCUUCAACAUUACCGGAGUGAACCAAGAGGCUAUCAUCAUCCUCAACAAGGCUGUGGACUACGAGAGCCGCAGUUCGUACUCUUUCUCCGUGGAGGUGCUGAACCCCACCGUGGACCCCCGCUUCCUGCGCCGUGGCCCGUUUAAGGACCGUGCCUCUGUUCGAGUUGCAGUGCUGGAUGCUGAUGAGCCGCCAAGGUUCUCACGAGCCCGCUACCGCAUGGACGUGUCUGAGAACUGCCCACCGGCAUGCACGGUGGGCCGGGUCAGUGCCGUGGACCCAGACACCGGACUCAACAACAACAUCAGAUACUCAAUUGAUCCCCAGUCAGAUCCAGAGGCUCUGUUCCGCAUCGCCCCAGACACCGGACUCAUCACUACAGCGAUGGAGCUGGACCGCGAGCACGAGCAAUGGCACAACGUCACCAUCAUUGCCACUCAGAGAGACAACCCCAGCCAAGUAUCCAGGGUGGUGGUUGCUAUCGAGACACUGGAUCUGAAUGACAAUGCCCCGGAACUGGACCGACAGUACAACACGGCCAUGUGUGACUCCGCAUCUGCUGGACAGGUGGUGCAGGUGUUGAGAGCGAUUGAUAGAGACGAGGGAGGCAAUGACAGCACCGUCCAUUUCAACAUUCCUCCAGAGUCCAGCGCCGCACUCAACUUCAGCAUCAGAGAGAGCGGAGGCCCCACCGCGAGCCUGGUGCUGGCCUCGCCCUUGCAGGCGCUCUCUCGCUCCUCCUCUUCCUCCUCCUCCCUCACCCUCCAUGUCCCGCUGAUCCUGAGGGAUGGCUCCUCAGGCCUGACCAGCACCGGGACGGUCACCGUGUCCGUCUGUCCCUGUCUGAAAGGAGGGGCGAGGGCCGGGGAGAAGGAGAAACAGAGCGAUGCAGAAUGGGAGAGGGAGACGGUGUGUCUGCCCCAGCACUCUUCGCUGCCCUCCCCUGGACUCAGCACUGCUGCCCUGCUGGCUAUUUUAGCCUGCGUGGCCACACUUUUGGCUGUCAGUGCUCUCUCUCUGUCCCUGCGCCGCCAAAAAAGGGACUCCCUCUCUCCUCUGGAGGAAGACGAUGUCAGAGAGAACAUCAUAACGUAUGAUGACGAGGGAGGCGGCGAGGCGGACACCGCUGCGUUCGACAUCACAGCGCUCCAGAGCGCCCCCCACAGCGCGCACAGGGGGUACCGCACCCUGGACAGCAGAAAUAUACGUUAUUCCCAGCGUGGCCAGGAUAAGGCACGGACAUACAGCAGCUGGGCCCAGUCAGGGGUGCUGGACAGCGGUCAUCACAGCCAGACGGCUCCCCUGUAUGGCCGCUUGUGUUACAGCAGCCAAACGCUCCCUGUGCUCCGACGCUCACAGGCUCCCUAUGAGCCUGGUCUGGCUGAGCUGGGCUACCGCUUUCCUGGGGGCCAACCAGACCACUCCCUGGUCAUCCAGAACCAGGGGGCAGUGGUGGGACCCCUGGGGCCAGGGGCUUUGUAUGUGGGGCCUGGGGAGGCAGGGAACAGUUCCAGGGAGGGAACAGCAUCGCAGGAUGGUGCCACUGCAUCCGAAGGGGGAACGCCACGGAAAAAUGACGCCAAGGAGGAUUCGAGCAGCGAUGCCCAGCAGAGCCAAGAUCUGGACUGGAGGCAGCAUGAGCACCUGAUUGAAGACGAUAAGAGAGAGCUUGCCACUCCACCCCCCCGUUACCGUCAUUGCUACUGCUCUGCAGCUCGGCCACCAGGAUCUAACAUCAGGUGUAGCGCAGUGGCCUCGCUGCAGAACAGUAGGUGGGGCUCAGGGCUUGGGCACCGUCUUCAUGCCCUCCUGCUGUCUGUAGUGGCCCCUUUCGGUGCACAAGGCUUGGGCGCCAUCAUCAUGCUGUCUCUCAUGGCUGCUGUUGCCCUCAUACCGAUUCGCGUGGCUGUCGUCACCUUCUGGCCAUCUUUCGUGGUCCCCAUUGACAAUGCAGCUGUCAUCAGUGCUCAGACGACAAAGCGUAAGCUCAUCCUGACCCGCUCUGACCCUCCUGCUCCUCCCCGUCCCAAACAGGUGCAGUCGGACUCCACCCCUCGCGAACAGCAGACGCUGGUGCUGACCCGCUCCGGUUCCCUGGCUGCCGUCUCUGGUGUUUCGGGCAGUUGGGCGUGCGACUCGGCCACACUGCCCUCGGCUGGACGGCGAUCGUCACGGGCUGGGAUGUCUCCGAAAAAGAGUGCGGCUGGUUCCGCGGAGUUGGGCGCGGACGGAGCCGCCGGUCGCAAUUACGCAACAGUCCUGCAGGGGGAUCCGCAGAGGGACUACACAGGCAGCCUGGGCCGAGGCGGACUGGAAAUGGGCAGCAACUUUGUGGUGUAUCCGGAGAGCGCCGGAGGGGGCUUCAUAGGGGACUGGCGGGAUAGGGUGGGUUUGGGAGGUUUCGGCCUGGGCAGGCGGGAUAUGACCCCCCAGCUGCUGCCCUAUCCCAGCCAAGGGCCCGAAGCGGCCGCUAGAGCGGCCUCAGCCGGUGGAGGCGCAGGGGGUCACUCUCUUGCCCUGAGGGUGGGCGAGUUCCUGCGGUUGCGCCUGGCCCAGGUGACCUUCGAUCCCACGCAGCCGCCAUACGACUCGGUGCAGGUGUACGGGCUGGAGGGCACGGGGUCUCGGGCUGGCUCGCUCAGCUCCCUGGAAAGCGAGGGGGAAAAAGACGGAGAGAAGGAAGAGUGGGGCGGCGGCCUGGAGGAAUGGGGGCCGCAGUUCCGCAAGCUGGCCCAGCUGUUCCGAGACCGGGAGAAGGAAAAAGACGAGAAGGACGGAGAGAAGGCGCGGAAGCAGAGCACGGAGGAGGAGGAUGAGAAAGAGGAGCAGUCCGGAGACGAGAGGAAGGACAAAGACUGAAAGAGAGAACGAGGGGAAAGUGGGAGAGAGCGAGGUGUAAAGGGCGAGGGGAUGAUUAAACUGCGACGAGAGCGAGAAUAAUGGGAAGAGAAGCGAGGGGAGAAGGAGACGUAGAGGAAAAGUAAUGGGGAGAGACAGAGAAAAACAAGCGUGGGCAAGAGAGGCAGACAGAGACAAAGAGAGAGAGGAGGCUACGGAGAGAGUGAUUGAUGCAAUUUAAAGCAAUAAGUGUUGAAAAGCAGAAGCGUGAGCACAGAAGCUAAAGACACCGAAGGCUCUGUUUCACUUCAGAGUAUUUACCAUUCUUUAAGUGUGCCAGGCAGGGAGGAGAAAAAAAAAUGAUGCUCAUAGUGUCUUAGAUUAGCUUCAGUUCACACAAUGAGAGGAGAGAGAGAGUGAGAGAGAGACCUCGUAUGAGAGAUAUCGAGAUAUUCCAGAUGACUUGGACCUUAAAUUAUGUUUUUGGGGCAACGUGCAAGACAAUACAUCCACCAGGGAGUCUGGGAAGAAAGUAGGCUAACAUAGCACAGGCGAUAAGAAAUACAUAAGGGUGGGAGAUAAAGGUUUGUACAGAAAUUGUUGAUACAUCCACCGAGGAAGGCGGGAAUGAAUUAUUCAGCCCACUGUGUCAUUCCAAACGAAAGGUCUGAAUAUUUCAAUCCUGGAAGAAAAAAAAAAACAAA